GUUAUUCUUUAAACAUUUUUUAACAUUCUUAACUUUCUCUUCUACUGUAUCUGCAGUACACAUUCCCUCUGUUCCGUGAAACUGUUUUGACAAGUGCCUUUUUGUAACUGAUUGGACAAAAGCUAUUGAAAUUGAGAUAAACCCCAUUCCAUAUGUCUUUUUUAUAAACUGAAUGUGGAACUGUGCCAUCCUUUCUUCGUUUCAUUACGAUAUUGAUUCAGUUUCCAGUCAGGUGUCAAGAACUUUGGUGUUGUUUCUGCACAGAAUUUUCUCAAUUAUAAAUGCUUUAUUGGAAUUGUAUGCACAAACGAUUUUUCAAAAUUCAUUUCUUAAAGAAUUAACCAGACAAGGAAUUAGCGAUUAAAUAGCACAAGCGGCUGCAACACCACUUCAAGUGGUCGAUGGUUAUCCAUAAUUAACAAACUUAGUUUCUCACUUAACGUAUUUACUGAACAGAAUAUACAGUAUUUGUUGUGUUAUUUGAAUUACGACCGAUAUCAUGUAAGACUAAAUUUGUAUGUGUUAACCGGUCACUUAACAGCGUCUCCGUUAGUGCUGGGUGAGGUCGUUUAAUAAUAACAAUAAUUGUACAUUUUCUGAUGCAUGAAUAUUCACAUUUAUUGGAGACUCUGUUCUAUAUAAUCGUUGGAUUUUCAUAUUUAUUUUCAAAUAUAACAAUUUGUAAAUGAUUUUGGUGCCUGUGGUAUAGCAUUUUGAAGACUUGGUCCUUAUAUUGUUUGCGGUCUUCAUUUAAUUUUAUUUGUAAUGGUCUGAAUUAUCUUGUUUUAGAAAUUUUUUGACUGAAUUCUGACCAGCCUUAGUUGGAAUAUGUGCAUCCUGUGCAUGUUGCUUCAAUAUAACAUUUACAUCACAAAUCGUUAUAGAAUAAAUGGAAUGCGUCGAGCAGUGUAAUCCAGUACGCUCGUUUCAUCCUUUUUGAGACUUGCCAGCUGGAUGCACCUGUACCUCUGUAUUGUUUGCAAAAUGACUCGGAUCCAGUAUCUUUCACUUCAAACACCCAACUGGUUAUAUAAUUCAUGAAGUUUCUUAUUGUCAUUUAGGGAAUUUCUUUUAUAGAUGUUAAGGAAAGUGUGGUUUUCCAUUUCCAACGAAUUCGUGUGUUCCGCACUCAUGUUAUUUCUGUACGAGUUUCACACGUUAAAUACAAUUUCAGAUUUUUUAUUUACUUUCUAUAAUGUUUGAUUCAACCCUUGUUUUACUCUUGACAAGUUUCAUACAUUCUAGUCGCAGACUUUCUAGUAAUUUUUCAACUUAAAAUCUUUUCAGAUUCCGAAAUUGUCACCAUUCUCAUAUUACUCCCUGUUACCGAAUUUCCCGAGUACCAGACUGCUUCGCUUUGGAACUUCAUUAGUACAACUUUGCAGAAAGUCGUCCAAUCAGAGUGGAAAAGUUGGUGACUAUGGUGCAGCUGUUACUCGAUUGCGUUUUCCAGUUUCUUCAAGACCGAUUCGUAUGAGAAGGGCUGAGGGUGUUGGUGGUGGUGUAACAGGUCGUAUGAUGUUGCUUAGACGGUAUGUUUCAAAGCUAUUUGAUGAUGAACGCAUCGAAUUACCAUGGCCACAUGCUACUGAAACUCGAUUAUACGCUGAGCGUUUGAUUCAGGAAAGCAUCUUGGCAUCAGCUGAACAGGAUCUCGUUUCGCUAUUUGAACUUUGGAAAAAUUCUAAGGAACCAAAAACCAACGAUAAACUCAAUCUUGGUAUUCUAGAGCUUUCUGUGUUUUGGCUAACUGAGGAACGUUUAGUUGAAAAAUUAUUCAAGGUAUUUGUACCAAGAUACAGGUUUUAUGAACGCUCAUACACUAGUUUGUUUCAGAUUUUUCCUCCAGUUCAUCCGAUAAAAUCUAGUGGUACUAAAUUAUUUGGAAUAUUGGAAUUGCACGGAAAUCCAUGGCCACCUGUUCGUGGUCAUGGUAUAAUUGGACGAAGUUUAAAUCCAGAACCAUUUCAAGAUCGUUAUCUCAUCAAUGUUCUAUUGGAUGCUGCACGUGAAUCAUCAGCUAAGAAGAAUUGUACACCAUCCACAUCAUCACCUAUUGUAAUUGAUUAUGAACUACGUCCAAUUAAUUGAUUGUAUGUGAUACACUUAUGUAAAUAUCCAUGAUUUAUCUAUUAACGGAUCUUGUAUGUCUAUACUUCUAUUCCAUAUUCCUUAUAAAUACUUGGAAAACUUUUCAUAUUAUGAAAUAAAUUUGCAUUUUACUGCAUGUACUCUUUUUGAUUUUUCGAUUUAUUGAAAGAAAUUGUUAGUUUCAGUAUAUUUCUAAAAGACUAUUUUAUACCUUAUAAGCCGUUAAAAGUUUGACAUUUUCUCUGUGUAGUGUAAAAAAUGUGUGUGUUUUUUAAAAAUAAACCGUUUUUACAGACUUAAGUAGAAUCAAUUGUCUAG